UAAAUUACCAAUUAUUCGAAUAAUAUUGGAACACGAUGUUCCUAAAGAAUAUUAUUUUAGUUUCUUUGUGCGUUGGUCUCAGCCAUGGCGUGGUUUACGAUUAUUUUACGGGACAACCUGCGUCAGAGGAACAAUUGAAUAAUUAUGAAGAACUGGGUGUCACUGAUACCUGCACAAUAGAAAUCGAACCUUGUGCUGAAAAUGAACGAAGUCGAGUAGACGGGUCUUGUAACAACCUGAACAGUCCAGCUAGAGGAACCUAUUUCUCGCCUCUGGUUAGAGUACUGCCUCCAAUUUACUAUAAUGGUUACUUCGCCAGAAAGGCCGUAUCUGGAAAUGAACUACCUUUGGCCAGAAAAGUCCGGGUAGACUUGUUGAAACAAGGAAACUCUAACCAUCCCCUUUUCAACCAAAAUGUCCCAGGAUUUUUCGUAUUCGUAUCCAAUGAUGUGGGGUCAUUUCAUGACGUCAAAAAUAUGAUAGGGGCUACAAAUUAUUGUUGUGUGAAGGAACAUAUGAAUGAUUACGCAUGUACUCCAAAUAUUAUACCUGAUGAUGACCCUGUGCAUAUGUUCUCCAAUAUCAGGUGCAUGAACAGCACUAGACCACUAACCUAUCAGGACUACAACUGCACUAACGAACCUGUGCCUGCUCCAAUAAAACAAGCCACAACUCAAUUUGAUAAUUCUCAAAUAUAUAACACUAACAACAAAGGAGAUAAGGCGAUAAGAUCGUUCCAAAAAGGACAACUGGCUGUCGAAGAAGAAGAUGGAAAGCUUUUCCCUCCAAAUGGACCUAACGUCACUUGUAUCAAUAAUGUUGGAAACGAGACCAGGUGCUUUGAAAACUACAUAAACGCAUUAAUGUCGAUAAGUUUGUUCACUAUAUGGUUCGUGAGACACCACAACUACAUAGCUAGUCAGUUAGCUGAGGUCAAUCCAUGCUGGGACGAUGACAUGCUGUUUGGAGCUGCAAGAGACAUUAAUAUUGCUUUCACUCAGCAAAUUCAUCUGUAUGAGUGGAUGGUGGCUUUACAAGGUCGCGAAAAUCUCAUAAAAGCUGGUGUUAUAACUGCGGAUGGUGGAUUCAGAGAUUUGUAUGACAAAAAUAAUUAUCCUCAAGUGACAUUGGAAUACGAUUUUGCUAUACGGUGGUUCCAUCUCACGCAACCAUCGAGAGCUAAGUUGUAUGACAAAAACGGUACGCAUAUCACAGACUACCCAAUAGUCAACGCUACAUUCAGACCGGGUCUGUUAGCCAAAGACAACAAUAUGGAAUAUUUUGCUCAGAGCACAUUCAGAGCUCCUUGCAGCCACGCCGAUGGCAGUAUCGAAGCUGACCUGGCUAACAAUGGUGCUCCAGGGGUUCAGUUAAGCAUUGAUAUUCCAGCUGGUGAUGUGAACAAGGGUCGUAACUUAGGAAUACGUCCUUACAUUGAUUAUGUCAAGCACUUCUUGGGGCUCAACAUUACUAGCUUUGAAGAUCUGGCUGAGCUCAUACCGAACGAUAAACUUCUAAUAAUGCAAGAUUUGUAUGAAGACGUCAGAGAUAUUGAUUUGAUAGCUGGUCUUUGGGUUGAGAAGAAGAUGGAGGGGGGUCACAUGCCUCUUCUUCUUGCUAAAAUUAUAAACGAAAACGUUUUAAGGUCUAUAAGGAGUGACCGGCAUUGGUAUGAGAGACCCAACAGACCGUUUGCUUUUAAUUUGGCUCAACUGUUAGAGAUAAGGAAAGCAAACUUGGCAUCGUUAUUGUGCAAUGUUGGUGAUGGCAUCAUUCAAAUACCUAAGCAAGCUUUCCUCAAUAUUUCUCCUCUGAAUCCAUUGGUGAGUUGCAAUGAAAUACCGAACAUCGACUACAGUGCUUGGUCGGAUCCAUCUUGCAAUAGCAACACUAUUUAAUUUCUACAACAGGCUGUAUCAGUAAAAAACACAAUAAAUGCUUCCUUAAUUAAAAAGCAUAUUAUAAAAUUAAAUACAUAGUUGACGAUAAAGAUAUAUGGCGCUAACUGAUCUGUGCAUGUGUGACUUCCCUGGCAAUUAUUGCAAUUAUCCUUCUUGCGGACUAGAUUUUCCAGCAUUUUUUUUUGGAUUGUAUAGAUUUGCAGCUUACCUUGCAUUUGCAUUGUAUAUCUUUAUCAGCGUACAUUUGUUAUGUAAUCGAGUCUUUGUGAACAUAUUAUCUUCUUAAAAAAUGUUUCUAUGGAGUUUCUUGCCGGCUCUUCUCCAUGAAACCAACUUUUUGGAACCGUGCAACUAGAGUGACAUUUCAUAGGCGCCUGCAAAGGCCUAUUUGAAAUAAAAACAUUUGACUUAGAUCUGAAAACUGAAAAUAUCGAUAUGGUCAGAUGAUUAACAGUUUAUGAAUUUUUAUUUUGUCAAUUUAAUAAAAUGUCUUUGUUCCUAUA